AUGGAGAACCAAAGCCAGCCUUUCAACUCCAACGCGGUGCGGCUGCCGGCUAAAGCCGUACUGGGGAUGGGUGUGGACAACUUUAUUUCCCUUCUGAUUUUUGCCCUUAUUUUCCUCCUCGGCGUGCUCGGGAACAGCAUGGUGAUCGCGGUGCUGGCGCGCAGCAAACCGGGACAGUCGAGGAGCACCACCAACAUCUUCAUCCUCAACCUGAGCGUGGCGGACCUGUCCUACCUCCUCUUCUGCGUCCCCUUCCAGUCCACCAUCUACAUGCUGCCCACGUGGGUGCUGGGAGCGUUCAUCUGCAAGUUCAUCCACUACUUCUUCACCGUGUCCAUGCUGGUCAGCAUUUUCACGCUGUCGGCGAUGUCCGUGGACCGCUACGUGGCCAUCGUCCACGCCAGGAAGUCCGCGUCGAUCCGGGUCGGGAGGCACGCCAUGCUCGGGGUGGUGCUCAUCUGGAUCCUGUCCCUGGUCAUGGCGGCGCCCGUUGCGCACUACCAGAGCAUCUUGGAGAGGCAGGACAACAACACCUUCUGCUGGGAGGUCUGGCCAGAGCACCAGAGGAAGGUCUACGUGAUGUGCACGUUUGUCUUCGGAUACGUCCUGCCUCUCACUUUGAUAUCGGUCUGCUACGCAAAGGUUUUAAACCAUCUGCAUAAAAAGCUGAAGAACGUCUCCAAAAAAUCCGAGCAGUCCAAAAAGAAGACUGCCCAGACGGUCCUGGUGGUGGUCGUGGUCUUCUGUCUGUCUUGGUUGCCCCACCACAUCGUCCACCUGUGGGUGGAGUUCGGCUCCUUCCCCUUGAACCAGGCCUCCUUUGUGUUCAGGAUGGUGGCUCACUGCUUGGCCUACAGCAACUCCUCCAUCAACCCCAUCAUCUACGCUUUCCUGUCAGAGAACUUCAGGAACACCUUCAAGCAGGUCUUCUGGUGCCGGGUGCCCAGCACGUGUCCCGCGAAGGAGGGCCGGAAGCUGCGCAACAGGAUGGAGACGGUGCCCUCCAUCAACAUCAGUGUGACCUACAAAGGUCACGACUCUCAGAUCAGUAAAAUGCUUUGA